AUGGUGGCCCUGAGCGACUUCCAGCGGAUCGGAGUGGGCCUGGUUGGCUUCGGCCUCUUCUUCCUCCUCUUUGGGAUCCUCCUGUACUUCGACUCGGUGCUCCUGGCUUUUGGGAACCUCCUCUUCCUCUCUGGCUUGGUCUUCAUCAUCGGCUUCCGGAGGACCUUCACCUUCUUCUUCCAGCGGUCCAAGCUGAAGGGCACCAGCUUCUUCUUCGGGGGGCUCAUCGUGGUCCUCAUGCGGUGGCCGAUCCUGGGCAUGCUGCUGGAGGCCUACGGCUUCAUCUCCCUCUUCAGGAGCUUCUUCCCAGUGGCUUUCGGGUUUUUGGGCUCGCUGGCAAACAUCCCGCUGCUGAGCCAGCUCCUGCAGAAGAUGGGGGACAGCGGCUCCAUGGUGUGA